AUCCAGUACAGUCAAUGAAUUAAGGACAAGAAGAAGGUUUCCAAUCAGUCCCUGCUAUGUGGAUUAUUUGUUAGCAAUGACUGAUGUGGAAACUACAUAUGCAGAUUUUAUUGCUUCCGGAAGAACAGGUAGAAGAAAUGCAAUACAUGAUAUCCUGGUUUCCUCUGCAAGUGGCAACAGCAAUGAAUUAGCCUUGAAAUUAGCAGGUCUUGAUAUCAACAAGACAGAAGGUGAAGAAGAUGCCCAGCGGAAUUCAACAGAACAAAGUGGGGAAGCCCAGGGAGAAGCAGCAAAAUCUGAAAGCUAACAUCCCCCCUUGACCUUGAGCAACACCUGACGAUGUCUGCCAUCUCCAGGCGCGGCUGGAGUGCAUUUGUUCCCAUGAGUGAAAAGGGGCAAAAGAAAAUGGCUGUGCUGCAUUGCAGGAACCUGCUGUUUAUGUUAAAACCGGGGGCAGAGGCUGUGGCUACAGACAGACUUUUCUCUACCUCUGUCAUUAGCAAUGGUUGAAAUCAUGUGGCCUGUGUCUGGAGGUCAUUUUUGUUCGGAUCCUUUCACAUGACCAUAUGAUGAAAUGCUUGUAGAGAGUAGCACUGACCUAGAUGAUGAUUCUUCCUGUAGCAUCUGGCCCUUACCAUGUCAGAGGAUUUAAUUGUGUCUAAUUGCGGAGGGUUGGUUGAACCCCAGAGUUUAAAUAUCUCUGGCUCAAGUAUUCACCCAGUAAAAGAACCAUCCAGAAAGCACUGUUUUUAGCAUUCUGUAUCUGUGUGUUACUGCUGUGUUAUUUACACUGUUUUGUAUUGUACACUAUAGAUGCUCAGCACUGCCCCCCUUCUCGGAUUGCUUAUGAAAAACAAAAUGAUGUACAUUACUGUGAAUUUUUAUACCACUCAUUUUUAAAAGGGCUGUCUUAUUUUUAAUUUUCCAUAGUGUGGUGGUGUGCACAAGACAGGACCCACUUUUUAAAAUGUCAUCUUUCCCCAUGAUCACUGUAUGUUGAUGAAUAAGUCUAAGAGAUUCAUCAAGACUCUGUUGCUUUAUUAUACAGACAUUUGAAAAUAUCCAUUAAUGUGAAUAUUACUUGAAUUGGGUCUGUGUGAUAUCUGCACAGACCAGGAUUCAGUCUGUGAACAUUGUUUUAUUCCCAAGUGGAGAACUUCUCCCAACUAAUAUUUUUAAUUAUGAGAAUUUUAGAAUUAUCUUUGAAUUGGGAAGGUAAAAAGGAAAAGCCAAGAUUAUACUAAGAACUGGAAAUAUCUUGGGCUAUGGAAUCAAAUUUCUCACAAUGCUGUAUGCUACUCUUUAAACUUGGAGGACAGCACACCUUCCUAGAAGGUAUUUUUCACACUGUAAAAGAUGAAGAUAGUGAUCUCCUUGCAAUCACGUGAGCACCAAUCACAACAGUCAAGCCCUCAUGUUGUGUUUUUCAUGUCUUUUUCCAGCCCUAUCAGAUCCAAAUGUUAUUAUGCACUUUUUAAUGUUUGUAAACUUUUACUAAUAAUUAGUGUGAAUUGCAUUCUGAUACAAUAAUUAUCAUCAUUAGAAGCUAACACGAUCUUCAUUAAUAUGGUGUUUGAUGGCCUCUGCUGUGUUUUGACAUCAUGGUUCUUAUACGAAAAGUUUUGUGAGCUCUGUAAUCCCUCUGGUCAGUAUUAUGAUAUCAUUUAUCAGUGGUAAUAAAUAAGGAACCA